AGGAAAGGACUGGAUGACUGGAUGGUUAAGCAGAAGUAUUACUGCGCGAGCUCUCGUGUAGAUCAGCAGGACUCCCAGCAGAAAAAUCCCUGCGGACUGUCUCCACGGGACCUGUUGGAUGAAGGUUAUGCUGAAGGUAUCAGUGACGAACGUUAUCGUUUAGAAGUGGCCCUGCCCCCUGAGAAGACCGACAGCUGUAGUGUGGAAGAGAGAAUGCAGGACACUGAAGCCUCUGCCACUGUCGGCCCACACAAACAAUUACAGUUUGAGGUCAAUACUCCCCAUCCCAAGCAUAAGGGAGAAAAGUGCAUUGAGGACUCCAAGACUUCAGAGAAAAAGUCAAGAGCCUUUCUUAGGCGUUACCAUGCUAAUCACCACAACCAGCAAGGUUGCCAGCGGCACUGUGUGGAUGAGAACUUGGAGAGAAGAAACCAUUACCUUGACCUGGCCGGCAUUGAAAACUACACAUCCCGCUUUGGAACAGCAGCUCCUGCCACAGAACCAGCAAAACCCAACCAUACAACACGUUCAUCCAAUCAGACACGCUCACGUUCUCAGGAACCAGAGAAUGGCCAUGCGUACUCCGCUCAUCAUCGGCGCUCACAGACCAUCUCCACAGACCCUCCUGCCAUCCUCUCCCGGCACACACACGCACUCCGUUCCCCCAAAACGCAUCGUACGCCGCCCACACAGACCUCUGCUGGUCGGGUGAUAAGAAGAGGAGCGCCCCCUCCUCCAGCGAUCCCCAACCAGACCCCUCCGCACCAAAGCUCAGGCCCGUACCGACGACACAAGCAGAGGCCUAAAGAAGGCCUGCACUAUCGGGCUCUUGGGCCGACUGUGAAGUCUGGCCCAGUCGUGGAGAAAGAGCAUGUGAGGGAUCUGCCCAGUCUGGUGCUAUAUGAAGGAGGACUAGCUCAGGUGGUCCAGCGACACGAGCAUCAUCAUCAUCAUGAACAUCAUCAUCACUACCAUCACUUCUAUCAGUCCUGAAGAGUAAAACAGAUGGGCUAUAUAAAGGAUCUAAAUAAGAAUAACAAUGAGGAACGUAACAAUUGAAUGACCUUUAAAUAUUCUUGCAUGGCCACAUUGAGGCUGAGAAGGACACAAAGCAUCAUGUUCAUGCCAAAGUGGCAGACAAUAUGUGCGCAUUUGUAUAUAUAAGUGUGUGUGUGUGUGUGUGUGUGAGAGAGGUUGUGUGGGUCGGUUUGAAUGUGUGCUGAUGUAUUCAGUCCUGUCUUUGGCAGCAGGAGAGGUUUACUUACUACGUAAGGGCUCUAUCUUUCCCUUUUCUCUUCUUUUUUUCUCUCUAUCACUCUGUCUGCCUCCUUUGUUUUUCUCUCUCCCUCUCUUAAUUCUUAUCUGAUUGGUCUAUUUGGUUGAAAAGUUGGUCAGCCCUGUUAAAUGAAGAAUUUUGAGUUGUCAAACCACUUUUGAAGGAAUACAAUUCCUUGGUUUUGUAACUUACGUUUUGUGUAUGCGCACAAUCUGCGCAUCUAUGUGUGCCUAAGGGGUCUUUUUUACACUUAUCCUUUUUUUGUUUUCUUUUUUCCACUGAAGACCACUUGAAAAGCACUUCUUGUGCCAUUGCAUUCGAGACACUUUAUCUAUGAAGAGCUUCUCUCUCCGAAACAACAGAUCUGAAUCAACACCUUUAAAAAUGCAAUACAGGACACGUGUACAUAAAAGAGCCAGUAAAGACACUCAAACCAUCAAAUAGGACUUUGUUGAAGGACAGUAUGAGAACUACACUCUACCAAUCUACAUGAAGAAAACAGAGCAUCAUAAUCAGCUGCUACCUCUAGUAUUAUUAUGAUUAUCGGUAUUAUUGACAAUUUUUUAUUCAGAUUUUAUGUUUUAUUUGUCUGUCUGUUGUAAUAUGCCAACAAUCUGCAGUCAUGUCAAGAUGUAUUGGAUUUAAAUCCAUUGUAAGCUUUAUUACUGAAACGUUUCUAUUAAUAUGUUUUUUUGUUUUGUUUUUGGUGUUUUCCUGUCCCUGUAACUUUAAGCUAAUUGCAUUCUAAGACCACUAGGCAUCAGAGUUUAUAGUGUAAUUAUGUGUAUCAGACAAUAUGGAAUCUUAAAAAUAAUCUUCUGAUGAUUGUAGAAUAAUGUUUUGAAGCUUGUUAAAAAAAUUAUUUAUUUGAAACAUAUUCCUGUCAGGUUUAUAGCAAGUCAAAAUGGGUCUAAUCAAAUGAUUGGAAAACAUUGAAUAUAUUACACCUGAUAUUAUUGUAUC